GUUAUCACCGUGAAUUGUCCUGAUAAGACUGGUUUAUGUUGCGAUGUUUGCAGAAUCAUCCUCGAUUUCGGACUUUACAUCACAAAAGGAGAUGUUACAACUGAUGGAGUAUGGUGUUACAUAGUAUUGUGGGUGGUUCCUUACUAUGAUUCUCUUAGAUUGAGAUGGUCACAUUUGAAGAACCAGCUUGUAUCUGUAUGCCCGUCUUGCUCAACCUACUUUGUGCUCGAUUUAAUGCCUUCUUGUCCUGCAUCCACGCCUGUUUACUUGUUGAAGUUCUUUUGCCUAGACCGGAACGGACUCUUACACGAUGUUACUAGAGUACUAACUGAGCUUGAGCUCUCAAUUCAAACCGUGAAGGUGACUACCACGCCAGAUGGGAGAGUUAUGGAUCUUUUCUUCAUUACAGAUAACAUGGAUCUUUUACAUACAGAGAAGCGCCAAGAGGAUACACGAGGGAAGUUUCGUUCUGUCUUGGGAGAAUCCUGUAUAAGCUGUGAACUUCAGUUGGCUGGUCCUGAGUAUGAUUGUCAUCAGAAUAUUCCAUCUCUUUCUCCACCAGUGGCUGAGGAGUUGUUUUCGUCUGAGCAGCUUACCGAUGAAGAUAACCGCGUACAGCUACUUACUGAUGAUAUGAUAAAGCUGAAGGAUUCUGCAAUCGCAGUCGACAACUGUUUAAGCCCGGCUCACACAUUACUCCAAAUACGCUGUGUUGAUCACAGAGGUUUUCUCUAUGAUGUACUAAGGACAUUAAAAGAUUUUGAGAUUAAGGUAAUUGGUAAAACUAACAUGCGUAUUUUAUUUAUAUUUAUUUUGGUUUUAUUUAUAUUUACUUCCUGUGAGAUUUGGUUGGACUGUCAUGCUGCAUUGGAUGCGAUUAAAACGCCUGAGGAAUGGCUAAGGUACCGUUCUGAACUUGACAACAUUACUAGAGGAAUACGGGUGAUGGGAGAGCUCUCUUUUAAGCUCUCUUCACCGAAAGCCAAUGAGUUGGCUAGGGCGAUUGCUUCUAGUGUCACCAAGGAUGGACGGUUACAGUCAUAUCUUGCUCUCGGCGGUCCAGCAUGGCUCCAUGAUCGAAUUGAGAAUGAACGACGAGGAUGA